ACACCCUUCACAGAUGUUAAAUUCUCGAGAAUCUUAACUCCCAGGACAGCCGCUUUUUUACUUUCUUCUUCACUGUACAGCUUUUGGGAUAUGUUCUUUGGCUUUUUUUUUCCUAACUCUUUAACUCACUCAACAAAAGAGAGGGAAAGCUUUAAUCGAUAGUGAGAGAGAAGAGAGAAGGGAGGAAAUGGAGAAAGCAUUAACAAAAGUUGGGAGCUUGAAAGUUGGUGGGCUAUGGAUCUCAAAGAAAGCUAAGGAAGAGUUCUCUAACAUUACUGAAGACCUCACUACUUUCUCAAAUACUGUUGAAGAGAAGGCAAAAUGGAUUUUCAACAAAUUGAAAGGAAAGCCAUUGAAAAACUUGCCUGAUCUCCUCCGAGAGUACAAUUUACCACCAGGCCUCUUUCCUCAGAAUGUUGUCUGUUAUGAAUUUGAUGAAACAAAGGCCAAGCUAAUUGUUUACUUGUCGUCUCCAUGUGAGGUCAGCUUCAAGGAUUCCUCUGUUAUAAGGUAUGCAACCCGUGUGAAAGCAAUUCUCCUCAGGGGAAAGCUCACAGGCAUCGAGGGGAUGAAGACAAAGGUCCUAGUUUGGGUUAAAGUCACAAGUGUGGCAGUUGAAGGCUACAAGUCCGACAAGCUGUGGUUUACUGCCGGAGUUAAGAAGUCAAGGCCUAAGGAUGCUUAUGAAACACCCCGGGAUGCUGUCAGAGUUGAAGAAUUUUGAAUACAGAAUAUUCAUCACUUUGUACUCAGCCCUA